AUGCGUUCACUCAUUUUCAUCCUCCUCUCCUUCACCUUUGCAUUGAUCGCCACAUAUGCCAUGCCCAUGGAUUCAGGAAGCAGUUCAACGAGCCCGCAUAGGAACUCGGACCUAGAGAACAUGUUUACGCUAGGAGAGUCAGCGACCUCGCCCGGGAAGCGACCCUAUAUUGACCUGGAAUUUACUGAGAUACCGACCGAUGCCUACCUGGCCAACAUCAACCAACAGAUCAACCAGUUUGGCGACGAGCACGAGCGCAGCCGCUGGCCGGUAAAAGGUCUCGAUCUCUUUCAGGAUUGGAUGUUGAAGUUUUCGGGCCUCGAAUGUGCCAGGCAAGCGCUCGCGAAUGGGGCCAAACGAGAAAAACUUUAUGAGCAAUGGAAAUUUGGGGAUCUAACGCCAGCCUACCAUUCCCUCUGCCAAUUGCUCGCCGAAUUCAUUAGAGACAAACCCUUUCGAGAAGAUCAACUCAUAAAGUUCAAAAAGGAGGAGGAGGAUGCCAGAGAACGUCUUCGUGUAUGGAAUGCGCGGUGGCUAAAGUGGCAAAACAUAAGAAGACCUCUUCGUGAAUGGAAGGAGCAGUGGCUCAAGUUGCGAAACACAAAAGGAGAAGGAUCGGAGAGUGGAGUUGUCCAGCACCGCACUGAUCAACGAAAAGGAAAUAAGGGCAAAGGAAAAGCCUCCGACGACGAGGCCGAGCCUCUUUUAGCCAAAUCGAAAAAGGGCAAGGAAAAGGAAUCGGACAGCGAAGACUCUUGA